GAAGAUAAAGAAGAGGAGAAGAGGCGGCAACAGGUUCUUUCCAUGACACACACUCUGGCAGGAGAGCAUCAAGGAGCAAACCCAAAGGCAGUCUUACCGUUGUGGACAAACAGACCAUCACCUGAUAUCCAGUCCCAGCUAGUGCCGAUGAGAAAGCAGAUAUAGCUACUAUGCUUCGUUUCCUCUGGUCACGUUUGAGCUUUUUCUUCUUCCUCUCAUUGGUUUGCAAAUGUGCUUCCAAUAAUGACCCUCCAGUAGCGACCAGCAGUGGCCCUAUUAAAGGCAAAAUAGUUUCGACUAGAUCUGGUUCUGUGACUGCCUAUCUGGGAAUCCCCUACGCGGAACCUCCAGUGAAGAAACUCCGUUUUCAAAAGCCCGUCCCACAUCAGCCAUGGAGUAGAGUAUUGGAGGCCACCAGUUUUGGGAACUCUUGUCCCCAGACCAAUAUUCUUGGCCUUCCUGAUAAAGAUAUAUGGAUCCCCAACACACCUCUUUCAGAAGAUUGUCUCUUUCUUAACAUCUGGGCACCUCACCCUCGACCCUCAAGACCAGUGCCUGUCCUUGUAUGGAUCCAAGGCAUGGGCUUUAUCACUGGCCCAGCCUCACUAGAUAUCUAUAACGGAGCAAUGCUGUCUGCUACAGAGAAGGUCAUAGUGGUUUCCAUGAAUUAUCGCUUGGGCGGUCUAGGCUUUCUGUACUUGCCACCCUACGCCCCAGGAAACGUGGGCUUGUGGGACCAGCAUUUGGCCCUAAAGUGGCUGAAAGAGAACAUAGCUCUCUUUGGAGGCGAUCCAGCUCAGUUGACUCUGGUUGGGCAAAGUGCAGGAGCAGCUUUGGUGGGUUGCCAUCUCCUUUCCCCUCUGAGCCAACCCCUUUUUGCCCGUGCGGUGCUUCAGAGUGGCGUUCCCAACGCCAUUUGGCCCUGGAAGAGCCCCCAAGAGGCCCGCACAGAUGCGAUAAUGCUCAGCAAACAAGUGGGGUGCGCAAAUGACAACGAGAGUGCUGUGGUGAGCUGCCUACAGGACAUAGACUUUGCACAUGAGAACUUUACUUCUCUGACUCUGAUCAACUCAUUGACUACAGAUGGCCAUUUCCUCCCAGGCAAAGUCCCAAAUCUGCUGGACACAGCAAUUCUUCAGGGAAAGCCAAUUCUUACUGGGGUCACUGAUGAUGAAGGCUCUGCUUUUGUAUUGCUUAUGUAUCCGAGCACAAAAACAAAUGGAGGAAGAUUAACAUGGGAGCAGCUUCUCCAAGGCGUGACAAUAACUCUGCGAAGAGGGACCAAAAAAGAAGUUGCGCACACCGUCGCCCAGAAAUUCAGUGAAGCUAAUCAUGGGCAAUACCGUUUGGCGUUUUCUCAGUAUAUGCGAGAUUAUUUCAUGGUGUGUCCCUUGAUUGAACUUGCUGCGAAGAUCAGGAAAGCUAGGAAGUCGGUGUAUGUUUACUCCUUCAGUCACCACCCUUCUGGCUCUGGAUGGCCUGAGUGGGUAGGGACGCCCCAUGGAGCAGAAAUACCUUAUGUCUUUGGAACCAUGGCGUCAGCAACAAACCGAUCUAUUACACAGGCUGAGGAAGCGUUGAGCCGUCGGACGAUGAGAUACUGGGCACAGUUUGCCAGAGGCGGGACUCCAACAACGCCAAAGUCAAAUGAGGUACAAUGGCCACUGUACGACGCCACAAAGCAGAAUUUCUUUCACAUCAGCACGGGAGCACCCCAGCUCAAAAAGCUGUCCCCUGCCCCACUAUGUGACUUCCUGGCUACACUUCCUGUGAACGAGAUACCAUCGUCAGAGAAAUCUCCAGAAGACCCGGACUCGUGAAUUGAGAAGUUGAACCAGGAAUAUAGAAUAUGACACGUAGAACCGAGAAUACAAGUUGAAUCAAGAUAUGAGCAUUGUUUAGCUGUAUAUGGGAAAAACUAUAGUCCUAUGAAGAGGUUGAGAGUGACUGGCUGAGUUUGUAAUGUGUGUCUCAGUCAAUGCCAACUCCACUUCUGAUUCUGUCCCUUUAGGUCAGGGGUCUGCAAACUUGGCUCUUUUAAGACUUGUGGACUUCAACUCCCAGAGUUCCUCAGCCUGCUUUGCUGGCUGAGGAACUCUGGGAGUUAGUCUACAAGUCUUAAAAGAGCCAAGUUUGCAGACCCCUGCUUUAGGUGGUAUAACAGGAAGGCAAUAGACUAUAUAUAUUUAGCCAUGGGUGCAAGUACAUUCAUCUGAUUUUUAGAGAUAUACUCAUUGGGCUUUGGGCAUUUUAAGGAAUAAACCAUAUAUUCUUUCUUUGUAUGAAGGGAAAUCCUAGUUAAUCAAAGUUCCCAUUUCCUGGAAUGAAGCCUGUGCUAUAAAUAGAUACAGUCUCCUUAGAAAUAGGCCAAUUAAAAAUGGGAGGUGGCGAGGGUGAAUACAUCUAUAAGUAUGGCUGGGUUGUGCAUUUGGGUCAGCUUCACAUCUAAUACAAAACAUUUAAUAGCUCUAAAACUGUGGGCCAUUAAGUAUGAAUGCCAUUGCACCAAAGUUCUACUGGAGGUCAGUUGGGGAAUCCCAUUUUUCCUAUCAUCUCCAUUACGUCUUAAUAAUGUUCAUAUCAUCGUUAUCAUCAUCAUCAUCGUUGCUCUUAUCACCACCACCAUCAUCAACAAAGCCACCAAUGAUAACAUCAUAUUCAUGAGCUGUCAUCAAACUUAACAAAUAGUGAUCUUUUUUCAAUCGUAUUUGGUUUUUUUCCCUCUUCUCUUGGAACAGAUUUUCCUUUUAGCCUCUUUCCAUGUAUGAUUCUUCAAACCAUUAUCAUCAAAUAAAAUGCAUGCUAAAAUGAAAAGGAAA